AUGAGGAUUAUUGUCGCCUCGUUACUGGUGGUGUACUUCGCCGUGAUGGGUGCGAUGGCGACGACGUCGAAGCCGCUGCAGAUGAUGGUCGCAAUGCCGUUCAAACUGAACCCGAUUUGGGAGAACCCGUUCCAGUUGGACCGUGCACUUGUCGAGCCGGUCAUCACAUUGGCAAUUCAGGACGUGAAGAAACGAGGCCUGCUCAACAAUACGUCCAUCGAGUUGCACUUCAAGAACACAAACUGCUCGGACACGCUCGGACCUUAUUACGCGGUCGAGGCAUACUGUGCCAAGCAGUUGGAUGUGAUCCUCGGUUUCGCGAAUGCAUACGCUCUAGCACCGGUAGCGCGAUUGUCCGGCUACUGGAACCAGGGCGUUCCGCUGUUGACGCGGAUGAACGGCUCUUACCGUUAUCUCGGUUCGACCGUCAUCCAAUUGCUAGCGUUGUUCAACUACAAACGCGUCGGUUUUCUGUACCACAAUAACCAGCGUCGGCCUACGUUCGGCAAGUCUGAAUGCUACUUCCAAAUCUACGCGAUCUACAACCAGCUGAUCAAGACAGCCGGGUGGCAUACGUUACCUUCCGUUGACUUCGAUCAAUUUUUUAUGACCUUGAGCAACUACGAGGAACUGCUAAAAAAGGUCUCAAUGACAGCGAAUGGUAAGUGCGUUUCGAUCCAGUCGUGUAGCUUGAGAAAACGUGAAAACUGCGUUAAAUCGGACGAACUGUUUUGAUG